AACUCAGUGAAGUAGAACUAGAAAGCAAAAUGUCGGCUCGCUUCGAUCGGUUUGUAUAUAACUAUAUUCAAGAUGUAUUGAUACUAACAUUUGAUUUAGGUUUUAAUCUCUCACAUUUUGAAUUAAAAUGUUCGAAAAUGUAUCUUCUGAACAAAAAGAUAAUCACUUUAAAGAUGAAUAUUUUGAAGAAUUUGAACAUAAACCAUUACUAAUAAGUAUACCAAAAGUAGAACCAACAUGUUCUAAUGUAACUAAUUUAAAUGAAAAUAUACCGAAUGAGGAUGAAAAAAUUACAUCAGCAAUUCCUUUAAUUAUGCCAUGUAAAAUAAAGGAUCCUAUUAUUUUACUUGAAAGAUGUGAUAAAAUAUGGGAGACAUUAAAAGUAAUAAAAGAUGUACAAGAUAAAAGUAAAAUUAAUACACUUAAUACAUUACCAUUAGAAAUAAAUUCAAAACCAUUAUAUAUUCAAUAUCAAUCACCAUUAGAAAACAGUAAUGUUGAAUUACCAAAUUUUAAAUUUUCUGUAAAAUAUAAAAAGAGAUUAUUUAAUUGUUUAACAUGUGGAAAACAAUAUACUGAAAAUAGAAGAUUGAGAUCUCAUUCAGAAAAAGUACAUGGUAUUUACAUACCACCAAAACGAAAAAGAUGCACUGUUUUAUAUCAAAAACAUAUUGAUAAAAUAAAAGAAAAAGAUUCUAACAUUGUCAAUAGAGAAGUAGAUUGUAGUGGAAAAGUUUCAUUAAAAAAAGAUGAAAAUAGAUUACAUGUAGGAACAUCAUUACAAUCUACAUCAUCAUCAAAUGAUAACAAAAUUAUUUCAGAUUUAAGAAGAAAAAAAAAUAUUAAUGAAACUAUAUGUAAAAAUGAACAAGAAAAAAAAGUAUUAAAUAAAGAAUUCAAACAAGAAAAAAUAAUCUCAGAAUCUCAUAUAUCUUUAUUAACAUGUAUAUUAUGCAAAAAAACUAUAAAUGAUAUAAGAAAGCAUUUAAUUGAUUAUCAUAAAAUUGAAUCACCUGAUUUUAUGUUAAAGAAUUUAAAUGAAACAUCUAAUCAUUUAAAAGACAAAUUAAAAACAGGAGUUCCUAAUGAUGAGAAUAAAUUUUUUGAAAUUAUUGAAAAUAAGAAAAGAAUGAUAUCAAAUAUACAAUAUUCAAAUUCUAGAAAAAGACAUAAAGUUAAUAAUAAUAGUAAAAACUCGCAAGUUGAUGAAAAUGAUACACGUCAAUGUGAUAUUUGUCUUGGACGCUAUAAAGUUCGUAGUUUUUAUACACAUAUGCGUUAUCAUCGUCAGCGUGGAGAAACAAAAGAAAAUUUCCAUUUAUUUGAUAAUAAAUAUUUAAAAUCUCCGUUAUAUUUAAAAUCAAAAUUAAAUUCAAGUAACAUAUCCAAUGAAAAUUCAAAUAAUAAUCACAGUAAUAAAAAUAAUUCAAUAUCAUUUAAAAAUAAAGAAAAAGAAUGGCAAACUGAAAAUGAUAUGCAAAAUAAAGAUAACAUUAAGAAGACAUCAAAUAGAAAUAAUAUUUGUUCCUGUGGUAGAAAAUUUCGUAACCCUCAUACAUUAUUUGUACAUAAGAAAAAGUGUACUUCAAUAGAUGAAUUAAAACAGCCAAUUAUAAAAAACAGAGUAAAUAUAAGAAGUCAAUAUGUUAUACAAAAUAAUUCUGAUAGAAAUUCUGAAAUUGGAAUUAGCAUAACAAUAAAGAAAAAAAAUAAUUCUUAUGAAAUCAUUGACAGAAAUAAAAAUAAAAAUAAAAUGCAGGAUUCCAUUAAUUCAAAAUAUUUUAAUGCAUCAAGUAUUUCAGAAAAUAAUACCCAAAUAGAAUUACAAAAUCAAUUACGAGAUGAAACUCCAGAAUUAUCUAAAUAUAGUGAAAAACACAGUAUUUUAAAGAUUCAAUCUGCUGAUGAAGAUAUUGAUAUUGACAUUGAAGAAGAUUCAAAUAAAAUUGAUUUUUCUAAAGAAAAAGAAGAACAAAAAGUAAAAGUGGAACAAGAUGAUAAUUCUUGCCAAAAAUCUAUUAACUCAGAGUUUUUGAAAAAAAAAAUUCUUACCAAACGUAAUUAUAAACAAUCUAAUGGUAUCAAAAUAAACUUCGCUAAGAAAUAUAAUAUUUGUGUAUGUGGUUAUAAAUUUUAUACCAAAAGAGCUCUUGAGAUUCAUACUAAUAAACACCAUCCAAAUUCGAAUUUGAUAUGUGGUUAUUGUAAAAUUAGUUUUUCUAAUGGUAUUACAUGGAAUAAACAUCAGUGUUCUAUUAAUGAAGGAAAAAAGUUUAUUGAUGUACAAAUGGAAAUAAAUUGUCUUUAUUGUACUGUUUCUUUGAGUUCACAUAAAAAAUUUGAUGAUCAUAUAAGAGAAAAACAUCAUGAUUCUAUAUUGCCAUUUCAAUGUUUUCGGUGCUAUAAACGAUUUUCUAAUACCUCAUCUCGGAAAAUACAUUUUGAUACAGAUCAUGCAAUAACUGUUUGUUCCUUAUGUAAUAACAAAAUUUUUGAUAUUAUGAAAUCUAGGCAUGAAGCAUAUCAUUAUGGUCUUGGAUUUCCUUGUCAUAUUUGUAAAAGAACUUAUACCACUAAAGAAAAUUUAUUAAAACAUACAAAAAGAUGUCACAAAUAUCAUAAAAUAUCAUUUAUGGCAAACAAUGAUUUAAAUAUAUAAUAUUUUUUAUGAAUU